CUCUUAUGUGCACUCAAAGUUGGCUAUUGAACCAUAUUGAUGAGAAAGGUAAUUUCAUACUACUUAUUAGAAGUUCUCUUAAUAUCGUUACUAUUGUUUCCAUUCAUUUCAAUAAAUGUUUUCUAUUUUGUAGAGGAUCUUUCUGAACUACCUUCAGACAGUUUGGCUACUGUUAAUGAAGACGAGGAUCCGGCUUUGAUUGGAGCCUUAUCUGGUCUUGCACUUGAUUCAGAUGAUGAUUCUGAAGAUGAAUGAUGUCCAAAUUUGUCUUGAGUUUAAAGUAUGGAGAAAUGAAGAAGGGAUUUAUGUAAUGC